AGAAUAAUUUUUUUUUUCUAAUUUGGAUCAAGCCAGCGCUUUAACUUCGCCCCUGCCUCAGUGAACAGAGAUGUUACAACCACCACCCACUAAACGUCACAGUUGUUACCCAACUGUCAAAAAGAAAUCCUGCCAGUUUGGUGAAACCUCCACAGGGCAGGCAACCUCGCAAUUACGACAGCACCUGAAGGCAGCAGGCAACAGAUCCUGACAGUGAGGGAGAGAGCGGGUUUAGCCUUGUACCUCUGGCCUGAUGAGAUAAAACCAGACUUUUCUUCUUCCUUUUAUCAUCAACUUCAGGAAGACCAAGCACAGAUUUUUUUUUUCAUUCUUUCUGUGUUUAUAUUCCUUUUUAAAGCUCUUACUGAGCACUUGUCCGGUGUUACGCAUGGCUCAGCGGGUGGUCUGGCUCUUUGUCGCGCUGUCCGGUGUCCUGAACGCGCGCACGCACGGGGCUUAUACCUGUCCGGCGAUUUGCCGCUGCACCGCAGACUCGUUACGGUGCAGCAGAGACACACAGCUGGCCUCCCUGUCCCGAACACCAGCAGCAUCCCCACUUCGGCUAAGGCUCACCCAUCUGCCCUUGAAACAACUUUCCACUCAUGCCUUCAAGGAGCUGAUCAACAUCACCGUAAUAGAGAUCUCCCAGAGCGACUGCAUCACACACAUACGGACACACGCCUUCUUCUCCCUCCACAGUUUGGCACAAAUUUUGGUGCAGAAUAUCAACAGUCUGAGAGUUAUUGAAAAUGGUGCCUUCACUGACCUGCCCAGGCUUGAAUAUUUGAGCAUCUCAAACACAGGCAUAAUUCACUUCCCAGACUUUACCACCAUUUCUACAUUGGCACCAAAUAUUAUCUUAGAAAUGGCAGACAACAUGAGGAUCGACAUCAUUCCUGCCAACUGCUUCCAGGGCAUCACAAAAGAGUACGUUGACAUGAAUCUGGUCCGAAACGGCUUCAAGGAAAUCCAAUCUCACGCGUUCAACGGGACCAAGCUCAACACUCUCAUUUUGAGAGACAACCGGUUUCUCAGUCACGUUCAAGAAGAUGCUUUUGAAGGAGCCACAGGCCCAAGUUAUCUGGAUGUUUCCUCCACAUCUCUGAGCUCCCUCCCACCUAAAGGGCUGAGCCAGGUGCGAUCUCUGAAAGCCAGCUCUGCCUUUGCUCUCAAAAGCCUCCCUCGGUUGGAGAGCCUCGCCGAGCUGCUGGAGGCGGAGCUCACGUACCCGAGCCACUGCUGCGCCUUCCACACAUGGCGUCGGAAACAGAGGGAAAGUGCCUCAAAGAACUUCACCAGGUUUUGUGAUCUCAGUGAAACAGGAACAGAGCCUACUGAUGACGGCAUGAAUCUGGUUUAUGACAUCAACUUCCAGUAUCCAGAUCUGGAAUUUGAUUGUCUCAACAGCCCCUUCGUCUCAUGCACGCCAAAGCCGGACGCCUUCAACCCCUGCGAGGACCUGCUGGGCUUCGCCUUCCUACGUUGUCUCACCUGGAUCAUCACGGUCUUCGCCGUGGCCGGUAACCUCGCCGUUCUAGUCAUCCUGCUCGUCAGCCACCAGAAGUUAACCAUCUCUAGAUUCCUCAUGUGCAACCUGGCCUUUGCUGACCUGUGUAUGGGGCUCUACCUGAUGCUCAUUGCCUACAUGGACUACCACUCCCGUCAUGAAUACUACAACCAUGCCACCUACUGGCAGACGGGGCCUGGCUGCAGCACAGCAGGCUUUCUGACCGUGUUUGCUAGCGAGCUUUCAGUGUACACACUGUCUGUUAUCAGCCUGGAGCGCUGGCACACCAUCACCAAUGCCAUGCAUGUCAACAAGAGGUUGAAGAUGCAUCAUGUGACAGCCAUGAUGGCGGCAGGCUGGGGCUUCUCUUUGGUAGUUGCAUUGCUCCCUCUAGUGGGGGUAAGCAGUUACAGCAAAGUGAGCAUCUGCUUGCCCAUGGACAUCGACACCGUGGGCUCGCAGGUUUAUGUGGUGGCUGUGCUAACUCUCAACGUUGUGGCUUUCCUGUUGGUGUGCUACUGCUACAUCUGCAUGUACCUCAGCGUGCGCAACCCCGAGCACUCCACCCGCCACGGAGACACAAAGGUAGCCAAACGCAUGGCUGUGCUCAUUUUCACAGACUUUCUGUGCAUGGCACCAAUCUCCUUCUUUGCCAUCUCUGCGGCCCUCCGUAUGCCCCUCAUCACCGUGACCCACUCCAAAAUCCUGCUGAUACUUUUCUACCCCAUCAACUCCCUCUGCAACCCUUUCCUGUACACCAUCUUCACACGGGCGUUCAGGAAAGAUGUGUGCCGACUGCUGAGUCGCUGCCACGCCAGCUCUGAUUUCCACAGAUCACAGACGACAGCGUCACAACAGAGCAGCACCAACAAAGUGGCCGACAGGCAAACCCACUCGUUGAGCUUCUACGCUCACCACAUGAAGAUGAAGGGCUGCUUUUUAAGUAAGGGCGCUACAUGAUCAUCAGCAGGUUUGUGAACUUGAAGGCAGCACUUGCUGAGGAGACUGACCGUUAUUUUAUUAUUUGCAUUGUGUGAAUCAGAUUAAAUCUGAUUUAUUUUGCAUUGCAAACAGAAUUUCCUUCAAGAAUCCUGAAAUUGAAUCUCCAUUUCUGCUAAGGGACGGUGGUGGAGCUGGGAUGGAGGCCAGUCAAGCAGGACUUGUGUACAUUUUCCAAUAUAACAUUUAAAAGUAUGUAAAUAUGUCUAUAUAUCAUCAGGUUAAGAUUUGUGUACAAUGAAAUAGUUGUAUUUGUUUUAGCUAAAAUGAGAUUUUGUUUAAUUGUACUCAGAAGAUAUUUAGACUGGAAUGCUUGAAGGCUGCAGACAGAGCAGCCACAACAAAUCUGGAGUCAAGUUAAAAAUAUCUAAAUAUGUUGGAUUUUCACAAUAAAAGUUAUUUUAAAAAAAGCAUGCCUGAUCAUUAAUUAAAGUUAAGCAAUGCGUUUGUUUAUGCAUGCCAAUCACUUCAGCUUUGGCUUCUAAAACCUCGGAACACAUUUACAAAAACACAUUUGGAUAUUUUCAGCAGUUUUUCCUGACACAGUUUUAUAUUGUUUAUGUAUUGUGUAAAUUUCUCCAAACUCACUAGAU